AUGUUAAAUAUAGAUGAAAAUUUCAAUUCAUUACAAAAGCAUCAAAGCGAUAUGAUGGAUCAACCACUCGAUUUGAGUAUAUCAAAUCAUGAAAUAGUUAAAAAAAAGAAAUUUACUAUCGAUUAUUUAACAUCAGAUAUUCCGCGUCAAGCUCGACCAACAUUAAUGAUCGAAAAAGAUUCAUCUUGUUAUCCAUAUUUAAAUCAAUCAAUGCUACCGUUACAUCCAGUUGAAAAUCAAUUAAAUAAUGAACAUAUUUUUAUUCAAUCAAGAUUAAAGGAACAUGUUGUACCGAAUAUUUGUAGUCCGCCAUUACCUAAUCCAACUUUGGAAAUGGUUAACGGUGGACAUGGUAUUAAAAAUCCUUUAUUUGAUUGUGCAACAGAAGCAUUACAAAUUCAAUAUGCCAAUGCAAUAAAUCAUGGCGAAGAAUUUAUUUGUGGUUUAUGCGCAAAAACAUUUAAACUUCAACGUCUUUUAAAUCGACAUUUAAAAAAUCAUAGUCAAUUAAAACGAUAUUUAUGCACAUUUUGUGGUAAAGGAUUCAAUGAUACGUUCGAUCUUAAACGACAUACAAGAACACAUACAGGUGUUCGUCCAUUUAAAUGUGAUCAAUGUGAUAAAGCUUUUACUCAACGUUGUAGUCUUGAAUCUCAUCAACGAAAAGUUCAUGGAUUAAAUCAUAAAUUUGGUUAUAAAAGUCGUCGAAAUAAAUUAUAUGUUUGCGAAGAUUGCGGACAUACUUCACCUGAUCCAACACAUCAUUAUGAACAUAUUAAAAUUUUACAUCCAUAUUCACCAUUAUUACAUCGAUAUUAUGAUAAAAGACAAUUUAAAUUUGAUUCGAAUUCAUCAUCAACAUCUUCAUCAUCAAAUAAUAAUACAAUAAUUAGUAUAUCAGAACGAUCAUAUUCAUCACCACAUAGACAUGAAAUGGAUUUAGAGUAA